AUGGAGCUCCCCGCUUCCGUUAAAAACCUAGAGUUACCCGACGCUGUGAAAAAUAUUGAGCUUCCAAGCGUUGUAAAAAAUGUUCCAAAUGUUGUUAUGAACGUCCCUACUGUUGUGAGGAACAAUGUUCCAAACGUUGUAAAAAAUAUUCAAGUUCCUAUAAAUAUCAACGCCCAAAUGUUUUCAUCAUUCGCUACAAGUGCCUUUACAAGCGUCACGACCUUGACGAAAUCAAUUCAACAAAAGGUCGAAGAGACAACAAAAGAUAUGCAGCAACAACAUCAAGAACUUAUGAGACAAGUUAAAGAAGAAACACUUGAGCCGAAAGCUGGAACCGAGGCUGUUCCACCAUGGAUUGGACUUCCGAAUGAGGAGGAACUUAAAGAACGUAUACUAGCGUUGUCUCAGGAUAAGCGCAAUUUUACUAUUCCUCCACCCGAAAAUACUAAUUUUCAAUUUGACAUAAAUAUUUAUUCUCGGACAGCUAUGGCAACUCUUAAAGCUGAUUCUCGCUUAAAUCAAAUGCGAUUUGAGUUGGUUCCUAAAAUAAAUUAUUUUUAUCGUGUAUCUCUUAUUAAACAAACUGCACUAGGUUCAAUUGAUGGCGUGGUUUUAGAAAAUGAGGUUUUCUCAAAAAAUUCUACUGAAAUUUCAGAAUCUAUGCCUAAUAAUCUUGAAAUGAAAAAGGAGGACAAAGAAAAUCAUGAUCUAUCUAAUAAAGAGGUGAUAUUUGAUGCCACAAAGGAUGAAGAUGCCUGGAUUGAAGAUUUUGAAAGUGCAGCUGCUUUAGUGGGUUCAGAUGGUGAUGCAAUAGAGCCUGAAAAUUGGGAGGAAGAAUUAAAAAAGCAGAUAUCUUCAACGUAA